CACAUCCCACCAAAAUGGGGAGGCUGCUCCCCCGCCACCCCUCCCUCCUCCUCGCCGCCGCCAUCGCGGCGAUCUGUAUCUCCAGCAGCAACCUCGCCGCGGUCCGGUGCGCGCCGGUGUACCGCCCCGACUACCUGGUGGACGGGAACCAGCUGGUGGACAUGCAGUACCACAUGGGCCCCGUCGUGUCCUCGUCGCCGACCAACCUCUACCUCAUCUGGUACGGGCGGUGGGAGCCCGCGGCGCAGGCCGUGCUCCGGGACUUCCUCGCCUCGCUCUCGGCCCCGGCCCCGUUCCCGGCCGUCUCCGACUGGUGGGCCCGCACGCCGCGGAUGUACGCCGACCAGACGGGCGCCAACGUGACGGGCGCGUUCACCGUCGCCGGGGAGCACUCCGACGCCGGCUACUCCCACGGCGCCUCGCUCCGGCGCAUCGACAUGCAGUCGGUGAUCCGGUCGGCCGUGUACGCGUACCCGGACCCGCUGCCGCUGGACCCCUACAGCGGCGCGUACCUGGUGCUGACGUCCCCCGACGUGCAGGUCGACGAGUUCUGCCGCGCCGUCUGCGGCUUCCACUACUUCACCUUCGCGUCCGUGGUCGGGGUCACCGUGCCGUACGCGUGGGUCGGCAACAGCGGCACGCAGUGCCCCGGCAAGUGUGCGUACCCGUUCGCCGCCGCCGAGUACGGCGCCGGCGCCGGCGCUGGGGGAGGAGGGGGAGGGCAGGCGGUGCUGCGGCCGCCGAACGGCGACGCGGGCGUGGACGGGAUGGUGAUCGUGCUGGGGCACGAGCUGGCGGAGAUGUCGACCAACCCGCUGGUGAACGCGUGGUACGCCGGGGACACGCCGACGGCGCCCACGGAGAUCGCGGACCUAUGCCUUGGCGUGUACGGCGACGGCGGCGGCGCGGGGGGGCUGGUCGGGAACGUGUCCCGCGCGCCCGACGGCAGCGCCUACAACGUGAACGGCGUGAACGGGCGGCGGUUCCUCGUGCAGUGGCUCUGGAACCCCGUCCGCGGCGCCUGCUACGGCCCCAACUCCAGCUACUGACCGGCGCCCUGCUUCCUUCCUCUUCGUUGCAAGGAAUGGUCAGCUCAGUUCUUCAAGCCAUUACGCUCAAUGGCAUUGCAGAAGAAAUCAAUGGUGGAUUCAUGAAUGGAAGGAGAAGAUAAGAGCGUUCGAUCUCCGGGGCAAGGAUUAGAUGAGCCAAGAAAUUCUGAAGCAACACUUCAUGGGAUCCUGCCUGAAUGGUUACAUGAACUGUGUGGGUUCUGAAUUUCUGAUCGAUCUGCACCUCACUAGGAAACAGUGAGAAAAUUCCAAUUUGUUCUUUCGAUUUGUUUGAAUUUUGCAGCAUAAAGUGUGAUCGAUUUGCCUUGCUUUCUAGCACUUGAA